GGGCCUAUGCCUUUGUGUCUCCUGCGCUCCCGCGCAGGUGGGCAACCCGCGCCAGGAGCCACUUUGCCAGUGCGCACCGGGACCCUGAGUCCCGCUUUCCGUGUCCGAGGACUCGGACCGCCCUUUGGGGCGGACAAUAGACCCUUCUCCCAGUGGCACCGUGGGCUCUAGGGGUGGCUUAUUUGGGGACGCUAACGGGACUUUCGCGGGACCGCUCGCUCAGAGCCGGGCCGCUGGCAGCAGAGUUGGGCGCGUUUUCCUUUCUCAAUCGCGCGAGGGAGGAGAUCUGGGGACAGACUGUCCUCGGCCGAUAGGUACGCGCGAGUGUCCCGAGCCUGCCGGUCCCGCAUUAGACAACAAAGAGAGGCGUUAGCGGCGGCGGGGGAGGGGCGCGGCCGGGAGGAGGACGGGGCGGGCUGCGGCGAGCGCGGGGGUGGGGGGCGCUCGCUCUCCGCUCGCCCUGACCGCGGCCUCCGCCCGCCCCCGGCCCGGCGCGCGCCAAUCGCCUCCCCCAGCGAUAGUGUCAGUAGCAUUGUAGUGUCAGCUCCCGCCGGUGACGUUGCGCCUCCCUCGUCCCCCUCCGGAGCCGUCUGGCUGCAGAGGCUCAGUCAAGAGGCGGGGAGGAGAGGAGGAAAAAGCGCUGAGUGAGGGCGGGCGGGCGGGCGGGAGGGAGGGAGUGGAGGAGCCGGGGAGGGGCUCCUUAAAGAAACGCUGCUGUCGCUCGCCUGCUCGCUCCUCGCUCGGCAUUGUGGCCAGCCAGCCGGGCACUCGGGGGGUACGCGCGGCCGCCGCUCGAGCUUUGCCCCCACCCCACCCGCCGGCAGAUCUGGGGUGGGGACCCAGGCGGGGGCUCCUGCAGCCACUGCCCGGCGCGGACCGCACCGAGCGCCCCACUCCUCCCGGCGCCGAGAAAGGAGCAACGGAGCCCUCUGCAGCCGGCCGGCCUCCCCGCCCCUGACCACUCGCUUCCCGGCUGCCUUUGUGGCCGCAGCUUCUCGCCGCCGAGCCGAGGGCCGGCGGGGGCGCGGCGCGCACGGCCGAGCGAUGCCCAGCUCCCUGUUUGCAGAGCUGGAGCGCAACGGCAGCGGCGGCGGCGGAGGGGGAGGCGGCGGCGGCGGUGGCGGCGGCGGCGGCGGCGGCGGCGGCGGGGGAGAGACCCUGGAUGACCAAAGAGCCCUGCAGCUCGCGCUCGAUCAGCUCUCCCUGCUGGGGCUGGACAGUGACGAGGGCGCCUCUCUGUACGACAGUGAGCCGCGCAAGAAGAGCGUGAACAUGACCGAGUGCGUGCCGGUGCCCAGUUCCGAGCACGUCGCCGAGAUCGUGGGGCGGCAAGGUUGUAAAAUCAAAGCGCUGCGGGCGAAGACCAAUACUUACAUCAAGACCCCGGUUCGCGGGGAGGAGCCUGUCUUUGUUGUGACGGGCAGGAAGGAGGAUGUGGCCAUGGCUCGGAGGGAGAUCAUCUCUGCCGCGGAGCACUUCUCCAUGAUCCGCGCCUCGCGGAAUAAGAACACGGCGCUCAACGGCGCAGUGCCCGGGCCGCCCAACCUGCCUGGACAGACCACCAUCCAGGUGCGGGUGCCCUAUCGCGUGGUGGGGCUCGUGGUGGGGCCCAAGGGCGCCACGAUCAAGCGCAUCCAGCAGCAGACGCACACGUACAUCGUGACGCCCAGCCGAGACAAGGAGCCGGUGUUCGAGGUGACCGGCAUGCCUGAGAACGUGGACCGAGCUCGCGAGGAGAUCGAGGCGCACAUCGCCCUGCGCACGGGCGGUAUCAUUGAGCUCACGGAUGAGAACGACUUCCACGCCAACGGCACGGAUGUGGGCUUUGAUCUGCAUCACGGGUCCGGCGGGUCCGGCCCGGGCAGCCUCUGGAGCAAGCCCACCCCCAGCAUCACGCCCACCCCCGGCCGCAAGCCCUUCUCUAGCUACCGCAACGACAGCUCCAGCUCGCUCGGCAGCGCCUCCACAGACUCUUACUUCGGCGGGGGGACCGGCGGCAGCACAGCCGCCACCCCGCGCCUAGCGGACUACAGCCCCCCCAGCCCCGCGCUCAGCUUCGCCCACAACGGGAACAACAACAACGGCAAUGGAUACACCUACGCGGCGGGGGAAGCUUCCGCGCCUUCCCCCGACGGCUGUCCCGAGCUACCGCCCACCUUCGACCCGGCCCCCGCCCCCCCGCCUGGGGCGCCCCUGCUCUGGGCUCAGUUCGAGCGGUCCCCGGGGGGCGGACCUGCGGCGCCCGUCUCCUCUUCCUGCUCUUCCUCCGCGUCUUCUUCCGCUUCGUCCUCCUCGGUGGUCUUUCCCGGGGGCGGCGCCAGCGCGCCCUCCAAUGCCAACCUGGGGCUGCUGGUGCACCGCCGGCUGCACCCGGGCACCAGCUGCCCGCGCCUGUCCCCGCCCUUGCACAUGGCGCCGGGGACGGGCGAGCACCACCUGGCGCGCCGGGUGCGCAGCGACCCGGGCGGAGGGGGCCUGACCUACGCCGCCUAUGCCAACGGGCUGGGGGCGCAGCUGCCGGGCCUGCAGCCGUCGGACACCUCCGGCUCGUCGUCGUCGUCCAGCUCCUCCUCCAGCUCCUCCUCCUCGUCGUCGGGGCUGCGGCGGAAGGGCAGCCGCGACUGCUCCGUGUGCUUCGAGAGCGAGGUGAUCGCCGCGCUCGUGCCCUGCGGCCACAACCUCUUCUGCAUGGAGUGCGCCAACCGCAUCUGCGAGAAGAGCGAGCCCGAGUGCCCGGUCUGCCACACCGCGGUCACUCAGGCCAUCCGCAUCUUCUCCUGAAGGCGGCGCGCGCCUGCGCGCACCCCGCGGGGAGGGGGGGGGGAGAAGGGGGACCCCCCUCCCCUCCCCUCCCCUCCCCUCCCCUCCCCUCCGGCCUCGCUCCCCCCACCCCCACCCUGUCCGCGCCCCCCCCCCCGCCGCCUUGGUGCCCCACCUUCUCCUCCCCGCCCUGCUCUCACUCUGAGGUCCAGAGGAUCUUGGAAAGCUGUAGUAUCCGCUCAUUUUUAAAAUGUAAUUUUUAAACAAAGGAACUUGCCAGGAUGUCUGCAUCAAGAGUACUGUAGCCUGGGAAGCCUCUGAUCUGAACCACCUGAAAUGCAUGCUCUAUAAAUAAUAGGAACGGCGACAUUCUAGUCAUGAUAGUUUUUACACUGUACUUAAUAGGAAGCUUCCAGAAGAAGAAAACCCCACAAGUUUUCCAUUUUUCUUAAAGUAGGAGAAAAAAAAAAAGAACAAUAAUUAUUAUGAUUAAGAUGGUAAUAGUGCUUAUGGGAUGUGUGGACUGUUUUACGUGUGUUCCCCUCUGUGGCUGGGUUCCUCCGAUGCUUAUUCUAGAACACAGUGGAUCCUUUUUGAAUGUUGUGGAAGGGCCAGGAGUUCCUGUGAAUCCAGGAUACUGCAGCUUUAUAAAAGUUAAACAAACUGUAACAUAUCUCUUAUAUAUUAAAAACGUUUAAAAGUUUUAAAGAGAAAUUGCAUUAAUACAGAUUGAAGUAUUUUAUUCUUUUUUGACUUGAAAAAUUAUAUUUCAUAUUGCAAAGAUGUUUACAAGUAUUUUAAUUUAAGUUCAGUGAACUUUUUUGUAGCUGGGUUAAAUCUUUUUAUUUUAGUAUGGCCUUAUGGCAAAGAACACUGUAUUAUUUUAAUAACCACACAAUUGUGACGAAAUUACAAAACCAUAAAAUGUGUAAUGUUUUGAACAGUAUUCUGUUGGGAUGGAGAUUUUAUAGGUUCAGACAAAUCUUCUAGAUUUGCUUCACCCAGCAUAUUUUCUAUUCAGUGAUAUAAAGCAUAUUUUAUUCUAUAUUAUUACAAAAAAAAAAAACGGAAACGUAUAAACACGUCAAAAGGAACUGUGGAUGCUUUCUAACAUUUGUAUAAAUAGAAUUCCGUGCAAGCUACGAAAAUUCUGUUGGGCCACUAUAGUUUUAGUAUUCCUAUUUUAAUACAUUUGUUUACCACUUGUUCAUGUAUAUGUAGGUGACGUUACUUGAGCUUAAAUGUACUUUACUGAGCAAAGUUUAAAAAGCAAAGUAUAUUUUAUUUUAUGAUAAAGGGCCUUUAACCUCAUGGUCAAAUACUAAUAUUAUAUUUGCUGAGACAAGAUUUGAAAUUGUAUCAAGAGUUUUAUUUUUCUGACAUUUAAAGUUCUACAUAAUAAAGGUAAGACUUAAGUAAUGGUGCUACUUUGUUUUUUAAGUAUUUCUAUAUAAAUAAAAUAUUGAAGAAAAUCUA